CGGAUAUAAAACUGAAUCAGGUUUGCUAACACGAAAGAUCGCCUCAUUGAUACCUUUGGUCCAUUGCAACUGUGACAAUGUCUGACAGUGAUGACCAAGCACCAGAGCCUGCUGGACUGGAUGGUCUGCCACCAAUGUACAGCAUUGCCAAGGGAGAGGUGGUCUCUGUGCAGGCCUAUGGAGCCUUUGUCAGACUGCCAGGAUACAAGAAGGAAGGUCUGGUACAUGUGAGUGAGAUGUCAGCCUCACGGGUUGAGAAUGCCUCGGAGAUUGUCGAUGUGGGGGAACAGGUGUGGAUUAAAGUCAUUGGGAGAGAGAUCCGGGAUGACAAGGUGAAGUUGUCCUUCUCAAUGAAAGCUGUCAAUCAGGGAACAGGGCGGGACUUGGACCCGAACAAUGUCAUGGCAGAGCAGGAUUCAAGGCGACGUAAGAAGUUUAGAGAUCACACAGGCAACAGGAUCACACUGGAGGCUGUACUCAACACAACAUGCUCAAAGUGCGGCUGCAAGGGUCACUUUACGAAGGACUGUUUCUCUGCUCCCGGCUUGCAGUACGCUCUUGUGCCUGAAGAUGGUGAUGAAGAGCCACAACAGCAACAGCAGCAGACUUCCACAGUUGCGCCACAGCGAAACUCAGACAAAAAGAAGAAGAAAAAGAAGGAGAAAAAAAUGAAGAAGAAAAGGAAGAGGGAGAGGAAGGAGUCAGAGAGCGACAGCAGCAGCAGCAGCAGUGAAUGUAAAUCCAAGAGGAGGCGCCGUGACCACUCUUCCGACAGAGAGGACAAAAAGAAGAAAAAGCACAAGAAACAUAAAUCACACAAACACAGCUGAGACAGCCACACAGCUCAAACACACAUCUGCAGUCACACACACACACAUACACACACAUAUCAGACAGACGUAAAAGGAGAAGUGGGUAGCAACAGAUGGAGUGACGGACUUCCAGCUGUGUAUCUUUUAAUAACAAAAGCUUAUAAUAGAAACUGUCAUCCAUUUAAGGAAAGUUUUGCUUACUGUUCCUCCAUAAUCAUUGGAAGCACACUGAGGCCUCCUAUCAAGCUUUAAAAAAAUCAAAAUGAGUCAAGAGGGAAAGUACUGCAAACAAAAAUCAAGUGAUAAGCCCACAUGUCCUGAAGUAACCCCUGGCACCCCGCUGAGGGAGAAGCUUACACGUCAGUUGUAACCAGAUCGGUGUAAGCAAUAUGGCAGCAAGUUGCUGUGUCUCUUGAAAUCCAGAUAUUGUUUACACCUAUCCGGUUUCUAAUGCUCUGAGAAAUCCAUUAAGCAGAAAUGAAGACUGUAAAACUCACUUUACUGGACAUGAAAAUUCUGUCAUAGAGAAAGCUACACACACACACACACACACUGACACACAUAGGAAGUAGUAAAACACAAACAGGAUGUGUAAUGAGCAUUACAGGAACCCCAAGCUUUGGUGAUAUCCUGGAGUUGUCUGCUGCUUAUUGUGUGUUUCUGGCUACGCACACACGUGUCUUUGUGAAUCUUGCCAGCAGGACUGCUCACUGUACACACAACCCUCUUCCUGCAUGUCAACUCUUGGCUCCAUUAAAGGUGUUUUUAUUUGU